CACAAUCACGGUCCCCACGCGAGCCUCGCCGAGCCCCGUGCGCGUGCAUCGCCGCCUCCCCGAGAGCCACGCACACCCGCGGGCGCAGCGCUCCCUGCGUUGGCCUCGGCGUUCGCAGGCAGCUCUGGAGAGCUCGCUACCAUAAUAUUUCUUGGGCUGCUUUUUACAGGCAGCAUUGAUCUAUUCGGGGAGGGAAGAAAGGAAAAAAAAAAAAAAAAAAAAUCACCAAACCCCUUCAUCGCGCAUACUGCGGGGGGAGUUUCCCAGAGAGCCAGCGGGGCUGCAAGCAGAGGCUCACUGGUGCUCGCCGUGAGGAGGCAGGAUCAUCGAGGUGGGUUUUGGUGGAGGAGAAGAAAAACGCGCAGGGAAAGACCGAAUCCAGAGUAGCGGAGACUUUGUGCCCCCGUUGGAGAGAUGGUUGAGUCCUCGUCAAGGUUGCUGUGGUAUCCCAGAAACACCAUUCACUCCGAGCUGUGACCGCGCACCAACAACAGCAACAACUCCACUGCGCCGGGCUGGGCUGAGCAGCAGGAAUUAGGAGCUGGCGAAUAACAUGCGAGGGAUCCGCAAAGGGGAAAGCCCAGCACAGGCAUCCGAGCCCCGGGAGCCUGGCACGCGGACAUGCGCUAGAUGUGGCCGCCUCGACUUCCUCCUGAUGAAGAAAAUGGGGACGAAAAGUGGAUUUACGUUUUGGAACCUCGUCUUUUUACUGACGGUGUCCUGUGCGAAAGGGUUUAUUUAUACGUGUGGUGGAACUUUAAAAGGACUUAAUGGCACUAUAGAAAGUCCUGGUUUUCCAUAUGGAUAUCCGAAUGGUGCAAACUGUACAUGGGUAAUAAUAGCAGAAGAAGGAAAUAGAAUACAAAUUGUGUUUCAGUCCUUUGCACUAGAAGAAGAAUAUGACUACUUAUCCUUAUAUGACGGUCACCCUCAUCCUACAAACUUCAGGACAAGAUUAACAGGUUUCCAUCUGCCACCACCAGUGACAAGCACCAAGUCUGUGUUCUCCCUACGUUUGACCAGUGACUUUGCAGUUAGUGCUCAUGGGUUUAAAGUAUAUUAUGAAGAACUGCAGAGCAGCUCUUGUGGAAACCCUGGAGUGCCACCCAAAGGUAUAUUAUAUGGUACCAGAUUUGAUGUUGGGGACAAGAUUCGCUACAGCUGUGUAACUGGCUAUAUCCUCGAUGGUCACCCUCAACUCACCUGCAUAGCCAACUCAGUUCAUACCGCCUCGUGGGACUUUCCUGUUCCCAUCUGUAGAGCUGAAGAUGCUUGUGGAGGAACAAUGAGAGGAUCCAGUGGCAUCAUAUCCAGCCCUAGUUAUCCUAACGAGUAUCAUAACAACGCAGAUUGCACUUGGACCAUUGUAGCGGAGCCUGGAGACACAAUUUCACUCAUAUUUACUGAGUUUGAAACGGAGGAAAAAUAUGAUUACUUAGAAAUAGAAGGUUCAGAUCCACCCACAAUAUGGUUAUCUGGAGAGAAAAUACCACCACCAAUUAUCAGCAACAAAAACUGGCUCAGACUGCAUUUUGUUACAGACAGCAAUCACCGAUUUCGUGGAUUUAGUGCUCCAUAUCAAGGUUCUUCUACAUUGACCCACACAACCUCCACUGGUGAGUUAGAGGAGCAUAACAGGACUACCACUGGUGCUAUUGCUGUUGCUAGCACACCUGCAGAUGUUACUGUAUCCAGUGUUACAGCUGUCACCAUCCAUAGACUUUCCGAGGAACAGCGAGUGCAAGUUACGAAUCUCAGAAAUUCAGGUCCGGACCCCAACACAUCCAAGGACGGGCUCCCUCCUCAUCAAGCAGAUAUACAAAGUACAAGGAGAAGACCACGAAAUGCUGAACAGAUAGAAAGAACUAAAGAACUUGCAGUUGUUACUCAUAGAGUGAAAAAGGCCAUAGAUUUUAAAUCUAGAGGAUUUAAAUUGUUUCCAGGGAAAGACAACAGCAACAAGUUUUCUAUCUUAAAUGAAGGAGGUAUUAAAACAGCUUCCAAUUUAUGCCCCGAUCCAGGAGAACCAGAAAAUGGGAAAAGAAUUGGAUCAGAUUUUAGCCUUGGAUCCACUGUGCAGUUCUCUUGUGAUGAAGAUUAUGUUCUACAGGGUGCAAAAAGCAUAACUUGCCAGAGGAUAGCUGAAGUCUUUGCUGCUUGGAGUGACCACAGGCCCGUCUGCAAAGUGAAAACGUGCGGCUCUAAUCUUCAAGGACCGAGUGGCACCUUUACAUCUCCCAACUUCCCAUUCCAAUACGACAGCAAUGCACAGUGUGUGUGGGUCAUCACAGCAGUGAAUGCAAACAAGGUCAUCCAGAUAAAUUUUGAAGAAUUUGAUCUUGAGAUUGGCUAUGAUACUCUGACAAUUGGUGAUGGGGGCGAAGUUGGAGAUCCCAGGACAGUGCUCCAAGAGCUGACUGGCAGCUUUGUACCAGACUUGAUAGUGAGCAUGAGUAGCCAAAUGUGGCUGCACCUUCAAACAGAUGAAAGUGUUGGAUCUGUUGGCUUCAAGGUUAACUACAAAGAAAUUGAGAAAGAAAGCUGUGGUGAUCCUGGUACACCCUUAUAUGGAAUUAGAGAAGGCGAUGGGUUUUCUAAUCGUGAUAUUUUAAGGUUUGAAUGCCAGUUUGGGUUUGAAUUAAUUGGAGAGAAAUCCAUUGUUUGUCAAGAGAAUAACCAAUGGUCUGCAAACAUACCCAUCUGUAUCUUUCCUUGUCUCUCUAACUUUACUGCACCAAUGGGAACAGUUCUUUCUCCCGAUUACCCGGAAGGGUAUGGAAAUAAUUUAAAUUGCAUCUGGACUAUAAUCUCUGACCCCGGAAGUCGAAUACACCUCUCCUUCAAUGACUUCGAUCUGGAAUCCCAGUUUGACUUCCUCGCUGUUAAAGAUGGCGAUUCUCCGGAUUCCCCGAUCCUGGGGACCUUUACUGGAGCAGAAGUGCCCUCCCAUCUCACAAGCAACAGUCACAUACUGAGGCUGGAAUUUCAAGCUGAUCACUCAAUGUCAGGACGUGGAUUUAAUAUCACUUACAACACCUUUGGACAUAAUGAGUGCCCUGAUCCUGGAAUUCCAAUCAAUGCACGGCGGUUUGGGGACAACUUUCAAUUAGGAAGUUCAAUUUCAGUUAUUUGUGAAGAAGGAUUUAUUAAAACCCAGGGAACAGAAACAAUUACAUGUAUUCUUAUGGAUGGAAAAGUAAUGUGGAGUGGACCGAUUCCAAGAUGUGGAGCUCCCUGUGGUGGCCACUUCUCAGCUCCAAGUGGAGUCAUUCUCUCCCCAGGAUGGCCAGGAUACUACAAAGACUCUCUGAACUGUGAGUGGGUGAUUGAAGCUGAACCUGGACACUCUAUCAAAAUUACGUUUGAAAGGUUUCAGACCGAACUGAACUAUGAUGUUCUGGAAGUUCAUGAUGGACCGAAUCUUCUGUCACCCUUGCUUGGGUCUUACAAUGGCACGCAGGUGCCCCAGUUCUUAUUCAGCAGCAGUAAUUUUAUAUACCUUCUGUUUACAACAGACAACAGCCGCUCCAACAAUGGUUUCAAGAUUCAUUAUGAAAGUGUGACUGUAAAUACAUAUUCUUGCUUGGAUCCCGGCAUACCUGUCCAUGGCCGUCGCUAUGGUCAUGAUUUCUCCAUUGGAUCUACUGUUUCUUUCAGUUGUGAUUCUGGAUACAGGCUGAGUCAUGAAGAGCCCCUGCUAUGUGAAAAAAACCAUUGGUGGAGCCAUCCACUGCCCACCUGUGAUGCACUGUGUGGAGGAGAUGUUAGAGGACCUAGUGGAACAAUUUUAUCACCUGGUUAUCCCGAAUUUUAUCCAAAUUCUUUGAAUUGUACCUGGACAGUUGAUGUAACACACGGAAAAGGUGUGCAGUUCAACUUCCACACCUUCCAUUUGGAAGACCAUCAUGACUACUUACUGAUCACAGAGAACGGGAGUUUUACCCAACCACUAGCUCGCUUGACUGGUUCAGAACUUCCAUCAACAAUCAAUGCUGGCCUCUAUGGAAACUUCAGAGCUCAACUGCGUUUCAUUUCAGAUUUUUCAAUUUCGUAUGAAGGAUUCAACAUUACAUUUUCUGAGUACAACCUGGAGCCGUGUGAAGACCCUGGCAUUCCGCAGUAUGGUAGCCGCGUUGGGUUCAGCUUUGGGGUUGGUGACACUCUGACCUUCUCCUGCUCCUUGGGUUACCGUCUGGAAGGGGCCUCGGAGAUCAUCUGUCUUGGUGGCGGCCGGCGAGUGUGGAGUGCACCUCUGCCAAGGUGUGUGGCCGAAUGUGGUGCAUCUGCAACAAAUAAUGAAGGAAUUUUGCUUUCUCCAAAUUAUCCACUCAACUAUGAAAACAACCAUGAGUGCAUUUACAGCAUUCAGGUUCAAGCGGGAAAGGGGAUCAAUAUCUCAGCCAGAACAUUUCAUUUAGCACAAGGAGAUGUUCUUAAGAUUUAUGAUGGAAAAGAUAAAACAACACAUCUAUUGGGUGCUUUCACUGGUGCGUCUAUGCGAGGACUCACACUUAGUAGUACUUCCAAUCAACUCUGGCUGGAAUUUAAUUCUGAUGCUGAGGGGACAGAUGAAGGCUUUCAACUCGUCUACACCAGUUUUGAACUUUCACAUUGUGAAGAUCCUGGAAUUCCACAGUUUGGAUACAAGAUCAGUGACCAGGGCCACUUUGCUGGAAGCACCAUCAUCUACGGCUGCAAUCCAGGCUACACCCUCCAUGGAAGCAGCCUUCUCAAGUGCAUGACAGGGGAGCGAAGGGCUUGGGACUAUCCUCUGCCUUCCUGUAUUGCUGAAUGUGGAGGUCGUUUUAAGGGAGAAUCCUCAGGAAGAAUCUUAUCUCCCGGUUAUCCCUUCCCAUACGACAAUAACCUGCGUUGCAUGUGGGUAAUUGAAGUGGAUCCAGGAAACAUUGUCAGCCUACAGUUUCUUGCUUUUGAUACCGAAGCAUCACAUGAUAUACUCCGAGUUUGGGAUGGUCCACCCGAAAAUGAGAUGCUUCUAAAGGAAAUCAGUGGAUCUCUUAUCCCCGAAGGAAUCCACAGCACCCUCAACAUAGUGACCAUACAGUUUGACACAGAUUUCUAUAUCAGUAAAUCCGGAUUUGCCAUUCAAUUCUCAAGUUCAGUGGCCACCGCGUGCCGUGACCCAGGAAUUCCCAUGAAUGGGACUCGAAAUGGUGACGGAAGAGAACCUGGGGACACUGUUGUGUUUCAAUGUGACCCUGGAUAUGAACUUCAAGGACAAGAAAGAAUAACCUGCAUUCAGGUAGAAAAUCGAUACUUCUGGCAGCCCAGCCCACCAGUCUGUAUAGCACCGUGUGGAGGCAAUUUAACAGGAUCUUCAGGCUUUAUUCUUUCACCCAACUUCCCGCAUCCCUAUCCGCACAGCAGGGACUGUGACUGGACCAUCGGGGUCAAUGCUGACUACGUCAUCUCCCUGGCCUUUAUCAGUUUUAGCAUAGAACCAAACUAUGACUUCCUCUAUAUAUAUGAUGGACCAGACAGUAAUAGUCCACUGAUUGGAAGUUUUCAAGACAGCAAGUUACCAGAGAGAAUAGAGAGCAGCUCGAACACUAUGCAUCUGGCUUUCCGCAGUGAUGGAUCUGUUAGCUACACUGGAUUUCAUUUAGAAUACAAAGCAAAACUGCGGGAGUCCUGCUUUGAUCCAGGCAACAUAAUGAAUGGCACCAGGCUUGGAAUGGAUUAUAAAUUAGGGUCAACUGUCACCUAUUAUUGUGAUGCUGGCUACGUUCUUCAAGGAUAUUCAACACUGACCUGUAUCAUGGGAGAUGAUGGAAGACCUGGAUGGAACAGAGCCCUACCAAGCUGUCAUGCACCCUGUGGAAGCCGUUCAACAGGAUCAGAAGGCACUGUUCUAUCUCCAAAUUAUCCAAAAAAUUAUAGCGUGGGACAUAAUUGUGUUUAUUCCAUAGCAGUUCCCAAGGAGUUUGUGGUGUUUGGCCAGUUUGUAUUUUUCCAGACAUCACUCCACGAUGUUGUUGAGGUGUAUGAUGGGCCAACUCAGCAAUCUUCUCUGUUAUCUUCCCUCUCAGGAUCCCACUCAGGAGAAUCACUUCCACUGAGUUCAGGUAAUCAGAUCACAAUUCGAUUUACUUCAGUUGGACCAAUAACAGCUAAGGGAUUUCACUUUGUUUACCAAGCGGUUCCUAGAACAAGUUCUACACAAUGCAGUUCUGUGCCGGAACCAAGAUUCGGAAGGAGAAUUGGCAAUGAAUUUGCAGUCGGUUCUUUGGUUCUUUUUGAAUGUAAUCCAGGAUACAUUCUCCAUGGAUCCUUAGCAAUUAAGUGUGAUACAGUGCCCAAUUCUUUGGCCCAGUGGAAUGAUUCUUUACCUACAUGUAUUGUGCCCUGUGGAGGAAUUCUAACUAAGCGCAAGGGGACUAUUUUGUCACCUGGUUAUCCUGAGCCUUAUGACAACAAUCUAAACUGUGUGUGGAAGAUCACAGUGCCAGAGGGAGCUGGGAUCCAGGUGCAAGUUGUUAGCUUUGCCACAGAACAUAACUGGGAUUCCCUGGACUUUUACGACGGGGGAGACAACAAUGCUCCAAGACUUGGAAGUUAUUCAGGGACAACAAUACCCCAUCUAUUGAACAGUACCUCUAACAAUUUAUAUUUAAAUUUUCAAUCUGACAUCAGUGUUUCUGCUGCAGGCUUUCAUCUUGAAUACACAGCAAUUGGUUUGGAUUCUUGUCCUGAGCCACAAACUCCUAGCAGUGGAAUUAAAAUUGGAGACAGAUACAUGGUUGGUGACGUGGUAUCCUUCCAGUGUGAUCAAGGCUAUUCUCUUCAGGGCCAUUCUCAUAUUACAUGUAUGCCUGGACCAGUAAGAAGAUGGAACUAUCCCAUUCCUAUUUGUUUGGCCCAGUGUGGUGGCUCCAUGUCAGAUUUCAGCGGUGUGAUCCUCAGCCCCGGUUUUCCUGGAAACUACCCCAGCAGCUUAGACUGCACGUGGACAAUAAAGCUGCCCAUCGGCUUCGGUGUACAUCUCCAGUUUGUAAAUUUUUCUACAGAAACGAUACACGAUUACUUGGAAGUAAGAAGUGGGUCAUCAGAAAUGAGUACCGUGAUUGGUCGGCUCAGUGGUCCUCAAAUACCGUCUUCCUUGUUCAGCACAACCCAUGAGACCAGCUUGUAUUUUCACAGUGACUACUCACAAAACAAGCAGGGAUUUCACAUUGUGUAUCAAGCCUAUCAGUUACAAAGCUGUCCCGAUCCACGUCCAUUUCGAAAUGGUUUCGUAAUUGGUAGUGAUUUUACUGUGGGCCAGACCAUUUCAUUCGAAUGCUUCCCAGGAUACACACUGAUUGGGAACUCAGCUCUCACAUGCCUUCAUGGAGUCAGUCGUAACUGGAAUCAUCCACUUCCAAGGUGUGAAGCUCUGUGUGGUGGAAAUAUAACUGCUAUGAAUGGCACUAUUUAUUCUCCUGGGUAUCCUGAUGAAUAUCCAAACUUUCAGGAUUGCUUUUGGCUUGUAAGAGUACCUCCGGGAAAUGGAAUCUACAUCAAUUUUACUGUCCUUCAAACAGAACCUAUCUAUGAUUUCAUCACAGUAUGGGAUGGACCAGACCAAAACUCACCUCAGAUUGGCCAGUUCAGUGGCAAUACUGCUUUGGAAUCAGUCUACAGCACUUCAAAUCAGAUUCUCAUAAAAUUCCACAGCGACUUCACAACGAGUGGCUUUUUUGUGCUCAGUUAUCACGCCUAUCAACUAAGAGUGUGCCAACCUCCACCACCUGUAGCUAAUGCUGAAAUUUUGACAGAAGAUGAUGAAUUUGAAAUAGGUGAUAUUAUCAGAUAUCAGUGUCUUCCAGGCUUCACACUGGUAGGAAAUGCAGUUCUGACCUGCAGGUUAGGAGAGCGCCUCCAGAUGGACGGGGCCCCUCCAGUUUGUCAAGUGCUCUGUCCUGCCAAUGAGUUACGGCUGGAUUCUACAGGAGUCAUCCUGAGCCCUGGAUAUCCUGACAGUUACCCAAAUCUUCAGAUGUGUGCCUGGAGCAUUUCAGUGGAAAAGGGCUAUAACAUCAGCAUGUUUGUAGAAUUCUUCCAGACAGAAAAGGAAUUUGAUGUUCUUCAGGUGUAUGAUGGACCAAAUAUUCAAAGUCCAGUACUUGUUUCUCUCAGUGGAGAUUAUUCACCUGCUUUUAAUAUAACAAGCAAUGGUCAUGAAGUAUUUCUUCAGUGGUCAGCAGAUCAUGGCAAUAACAAGAAAGGCUUCCGGAUAAGAUACAUAGCUUUCUACUGCAGUACCCCGGACUCCCCACCGCAUGGGUACAUCAUCAGUCAGACCGGGGGGCAGCUCAACAGCGUGGUGCGCUGGGCCUGCGACAGGGGCUUCAGGCUGGUGGGGAAGAGCAGCGCCGUGUGCCGCAAGUCCUCCUUCGGGUACCACGCCUGGGACGCGCCCGUGCCCGCCUGCCAAGCAAUUUCCUGUGGCAUUCCUAAAGCACCAACAAAUGGAGGGAUACUCACAACAGACUACUUGGUAGGAACUAGAGUUACCUACUUUUGUAAUGAUGGAUAUAGAUUGUCAUCCAAAGAACUCACCACUGCUGUCUGCCAAUCAGAUGGGACGUGGAGCAAUCAUAACAAGACCCCUCGUUGUGUUGUCGUUACAUGUCCAAGCAUCAACUCUUUUACCUUGGAGCAUGGGAGAUGGAGAAUUGUAAAUGGUUCACAUUAUGAAUACAAAACUAAGGUAGUUUUCAGCUGUGACCCCGGUUAUCAUGGACUAGGUCCUGCUUCUAUUGAAUGCCUUGCUAAUGGUACUUGGAGUUGGAGAAAUGAAAGGCCAUACUGCCAGAUUAUUUCCUGUGGAGAACUACCUACACCUCCAAAUGGAAAUAAGAUUGGAACUCAAACUUCAUACGGCUCAACAGCUAUUUUUACCUGUGAUUCAGGAUUCAUGCUUGUGGGCUCUGCUGUGCGGGAAUGCCUUUCCUCAGGUCUUUGGAGUGGAUCUGAAACCAGAUGUUUAGGUCACUGUGGAAUUCCUGAACUCAUUGUGAAUGGUCAAGUCAUUGGAGAAAAUUAUGGGUACAGAGACACAGUUGUAUACCAGUGCAAUCCUGGCUUUCGGCUGAUUGGUUCUUCAGUGAGGAUUUGCCAGCAGGACCACAACUGGUCUGGUCAGCUCCCAUCCUGUGUGCCUGUUAGCUGUGGUCACCCUGGUAGUCCAAUUUAUGGAAGAACAAGUGGAAAUGGAUUCAACUUUAACGAUGUGGUGACAUUUUCCUGCAAUACUGGGUACCUCAUGCAAGGGCCCACCAAAGCACAGUGCCAAGCAAACAGGCAGUGGAGCCAUCCUCCGCCGCUGUGCAGAGUGGUCAACUGUUCCGAUCCUGGAAUUCCAGCCAAUUCCAAAAGAGAGAGUAAAAUAGAACACGGGAAUUUCACCUAUGGCACUGUGGUAUUUUAUGACUGCAAUCCUGGAUAUUUUUUAUUUGGAUCUUCAGUUUUGAUAUGUCAACCAAAUGGACAAUGGGAUAAGCCUUUACCAGAAUGUAUCAUGAUUGACUGCGGACACCCUGGCGUUCCCCCCAAUGCGGUCCUGUCUGGCGAGAAGUACACUUUCGGGUCCACUGUGCACUACACCUGCACAGGGAAGCGGUCCCUCCUAGGCCUGUCGUCGCGGACUUGCCAGCUGAAUGGGCACUGGAGUGGCUCGCAGCCUCACUGUUCAGGUGAUGCUACUGGGACGUGUGGCGAUCCAGGUACUCCAGGUCAUGGUUCCAGACAGGAGAGUGAUUUCAGAACUAAAAGCACUGUACGUUUUGCUUGUGAUACGGGUUACAUCAUUCAUGGCUCCGAAGAAAGAACAUGUUUAGCCAAUGGCAGCUGGACCGGAAGGCAGCCAGAAUGCAAAGCCGUGCAGUGUGGUAAUCCAGGAACCACAGCCAAUGGAAAAGUCUUUCGAAUCGAUGGCACAACAUUUUCUAGUUCAGUCAUCUACUCCUGUAUGGAAGGAUAUCUCCUUUCUGGACCUUCGGUUAGACAGUGCACAGCCAAUGGGACAUGGUCUGGAAGUUUACCUAACUGUACAAUCAUCAGUUGUGGAGACCCAGGGAUACCUGCCAAUGGACUGAGAUAUGGAGAUGAUUAUGUGGUUGGACAAAACGUUUCUUACAUGUGCCAACCAGGCUACACAAUGGAAUUGAAUGGCUCCAGAGUCAGAACUUGUACCACUAAUGGCACAUGGAGUGGGGUGAUGCCAACUUGUAGAGCUGUUACGUGCCCAGCUCCUCCGCAGAUCUCUAAUGGAAGGCUGGAAGGAACAAAUUUCGACUGGGGCUUUAGUAUUAGCUACAUCUGUUCUCCGGGAUAUGAGCUCUCCUUCCCUGCUGUCUUGACCUGUGUCGGGAACGGUACCUGGAGCGGUGAAGUUCCGCAGUGCUUACCAAAGUUUUGUGGUGACCCCGGCGUCCCUUCCCAAGGAAAGCGAGAGGGCAAGAGCUUCAUCUACCAGUCAGAGGUCUCCUUCAGCUGCAACGCCCCUUUCAUCUUAGUGGGCUCAAGCACCAGAUUGUGCCAGGCAGAUGGCACUUGGAGUGGCUCAUCGCCUCACUGCAUAGAACCCACUCGUACCUCGUGUAAAAAUCCAGGUGUGCCACGGCAUGGAUCUCAGAACAAUACAUUCGGAUUUCAAGUGGGAAAUGUUAUCCAGUUCCACUGCAAAAAAGGUCACCUGCUCCAGGGCUCCACAACCCGUACCUGCCUCCCUGAUCUUACAUGGAGUGGAAUUCAACCAGAAUGCAUACCCCACAGCUGUAAGCAGCCAGAGACUCCUGCUCAUGCAAACGUAGUGGGCAUGGAUCUCCCAUCCCACGGGUACACACUCAUUUACACUUGCCAGCCUGGCUUCUUCUUAGCAGGUGGAACGGAACACAGAGUGUGCAGAUCUGAUAACACCUGGACUGGAAAAGUUCCUGUUUGCGAAGCUGGUUCCAAAAUAUUGGUGAAAGAUCCGAGACCUGCACUAGGAACACCCAGUCCAAAGCUAAGUGUUCCUGAUGAUGUGUUUGCCCAGAAUUAUAUAUGGAAAGGCUCUUAUAAUUUCAAAGGAAGAAAACAACCCAUGACACUAGCAGUCACGAGCUUCAAUGCUUCCAGUGGGAGAGUCAAUGCAACCCUAAGCAACAAUCACAUGGAGCUGCUCCUCUCAGGGGUCUAUAAAAGCCAAGAAGCUCGCCUAAUGUUACACAUAUAUCAUAUUAAAGUACCAUCUCAUGCUUCUGUGAAGAAAAUGAAGGAGGAAAACUGGGCCAUGGAUGGCUUUGUGUCGGCAGAGCCUGAUGGAGCUACUUAUGUAUUUCAAGGAUUUAUUCAAGGCAAAGAUUAUGGUCAAUUUGGACUACAAAGACUGGGGCUGAAUAUGUCAGAAGGUUCAAAUUCUUCGAAUCAACCUCAUGGUACAAAUAGUAGUUCUGUGGCCAUUGCUAUUCUUGUGCCUUUUUUUGCACUUAUAUUUGCAGGAUUUGGAUUUUAUCUUUAUAAACAAAGGACUGCACCCAAAACGCAGUACACAGGAUGCUCAGUUCACGAAAACAACAACGGCCAGGCAGCCUUUGAGAACCCCAUGUACGACACCAACGCCAAGGCGGUGGAAGGGAAGGCCGUGCGCUUCGAUCCCAACCUGAACACAGUCUGCACAAUGGUAUAACGCGGCCGUGUCGGCCUUCUUCAGUCUCGGGAGUCGACACACAACACAGUGCACAUGUAGUUCACUGCUAAACAAAGCACACUUUUCAGGACUUGCUGGGUCACCUUUUCCUGAGGAACGAUAGAGAAGAGUGUUUUUUUCAUAAACUGGAUCAUAAUCCUUCUUCAUGUUUACCGUGGAGAGUUUUACAGAAAUCCGGCUGCACUCUGGGAGUGCUUACUCACAGUUUAUUUGCUUUUUUUAAAAAGGAGAUUAUUCUAAACAUAAACUUAUUUGCAUAUAUUGGAGGAGCAUCCACUAUCAGUAUUUCUGUGCUUUAUAAAAUAUAUUAGAGGGACUGGGUUAAAAAAAAAAAAAGAUAUAGGCUAGGAAAUAAGAGCUAUACUUACAAGAAUCAAUAGAUCACUGGCUUCUCUUUAACUGUCUGUCACCGAGCUGCAUCACACCCGGAAAUCUGUAUCUCAUGUCACUACCGGCUGUUCAUUCUUGUCAACCACGGCGCUGUUUUUUCUUAUUUCACAGGGAUUUAUGAAUGAAUCUUGCCUUUAAAUGUUUAUGAGCUCAUUUAAGCCACAGAAGAGAUAAGCUUGCCCACCCCACCUUGGCUUCCCCAUUUUUGCUGCUUUUCUUUAGACUGGUUAUUUUAGUUCAUGCAAAUUGCUACAUCUCAGUGCUUUGCUCCUGCCUGAUUUCCCUGCAACAAUCAGCAGAACCACUUUCGUUCAGUGAGUCACAGGGUAGCGUUUAAUUCCUUGCUGUAAUGUUUUUUCAUCCACAAACCAUGUUGACUGGAAAACACUAUCCAGAAAGAUGGUAUUUUGCAGUUAUCUGAGACACCAAACUUAUAACCAUCCUUCUCCAAAUUCACAACGCUUUUGAGAGACCAAAUAAAAUCUGUUAAUUCUAUACUAUAAUUCGUGAAAUCUCAAUGCAUCUUUCCAGUGAGCCUUCAAAUUCAAUGCUUUUGACAAUUUUCAACUUUCUAACAAUGAGUUAGAAAUGUACGUUGUCUAGCCGCUUAACAUAAUGAGUAAAACAACAAAAAACUUUCAAAUCACCAAAAUAAAUUUAUUACCUACAUUUGUGAAUUUAUCAAUUUUCACAUGCUUUGAAAUUUCUAUAUCCCUGAUUCAUAAAAAGCAGUCUUUAAAUACAACAGGUUUCUUCAACCAUCGGAUUAUGAAAUGUGUUGUAAGUUACUGGUGGCUCAUUUACAGCUGCAUCACACAUAACAUAACACCAGCAUCUUUUUAUGCUUGGUCAUUGCGGUUCCUUUAUUUUUAAGCAUUUUUCACUUCAUCGCGUAAAAUCAUGCACCUGGUGCGAGCUCCUUAUUGUUGUCCCUUUCAAACACGGAUGGCUCUGUGAAUGGUCUUGACCUUCUCUGCCAUUUGACAGAGUGCUUAAGAGAGACCGCUGUACCUGCGAGCACUGCUUGGAUCUAUCUCUGCAUUCAGUGAAUUCCUUGUAACCCACUUUGAGAUACAUUGUUUUGGAAAUUCAUACAAUUUUCUCAACAUUGUACUCCUAUGGACAGGAUGCAGUUUUCAAUCUUACGCCAUCAGUUAUUUAUUCUUGUUUAUUCCAAUGACUGCAAUAACAACGAUUCAUUCACUAAUGUUAAGGUUAAUACAUUUAAGAUCUUGUUUAAACAAUGUUUCUUCUGCAACUGGCUACUCCUCUUAUAUUAAUGCAUACACUUUUGUAAAGAAGUAUAUUUUUAUGAAAAAAAAAGACUUUGUAAAAGUACGAUGUAAAUUUUCAGUGCAAUGUAAACAAAAUAAAAAUGGAUAAUUGCUUUUGUAAAA